AUGUUUGGGUCAUCUAACCGAUCCUCAACCUCGAAGACUCCAGAUCCCCCAGCCACGUCGCCAGCAUGGGGUUCCUGGAUAUCCCAUUUCUCGCAAAAGGUCGCUACCUGGACGUACAUUUCGCCAACAGCAGAGCAACAGCCCACGUCUACCCCGCUCAACUUUGACAAGACGCUCAACCUGGAGAUGUACCCACACAUCCUUGACACCAUCAUCAUGUUCUCCCCGCGCGAAACACUGCUGGGGUUCCGUGGAGUAUCCCAAGCCACGCGUGUAGCGGCCGACAAGAUUCUGUUCACCCACAUUCUCCUCCGCGAGGUUCAGACGCGUAACCAGCCGCCUGAGAUAUUUGUGUACUUUCCAUCAGACAGUACACGCCUCUUGCCUGCAAGUGUUAAUCCCUACCACGACGAGCAGACACUCCACGGCCAACUCUGCGCGUAUGCGUACCGGCCUCGAAUGUCACCACGCCGGGAGCCUCUCGCUCCGGAGGAGAUGCAGACCCUCCUCGCCCGGUCGUUCAUGAACUGCCGGGUCGUCGAUCUCGACGGGGGCACCACUCUUGUCCGCCUGGUCUUGGCAUGCACGAUUCUUAGCGGUGCAGACUGGAGUGAUGACCUGCGCCUUGCUGAUCCCGGUGAAGAGUGGAUGCACAUCGUCAACGGGGUCGUACCGUUUGCGUCGAGGCGCGACCCAUGGCCACCGCAAGGCGUGGCUCCCCCAUUCAACGGCUGGGACAGAGGCACACCAGGUCUGGCCGUCUAUGUCGUGUGGACCACUCCAAAGAACAACAAGUACGACGACCUCGCGUUCAGUAUUGUCAAGGCCAUUGCGCCAUUGACGACGUUCCAAGGCGAGCCGGGCCGUGCGUUGGUCAUCUUCCCGCGCCUCCAGGACGAUAUCGAUGCCGCAAAGCAUUUCGACCAGGUAGCCGCCUUGACGGAUAAGGUGCGCAAGAAACUGUUUGACAAUGUCGACUGGGCCAACUCGUGGGCCGACAUGAGCCAGCUGUUGGAGAGAAUGGAGUUUGUCAGUGUGGCAGAGUACACCCAAAGGUAUGGACAUGAGGCGGCCGUGGCGGAACUCGCAAUGGAGGACGAGGGUUUCGAGUUGUAA